AUGAGUUCUGGUUUCGGAAAAGGGUGCCAAUUUUAUGAUGGAUCUAUUUCUGCGAUGAAAAGAGAGUGGGGCUCUACGAAUCCAUCUAAUCCUUUUCGAUCUUCUUUUCAAAAUCCUCUAGGAUUAGCAGCGCAACGGAAUACAGACACGUAUAUGCACAAUCUUAAAUAUGCUUUAGAGGCAUCCCAAGUUAAAAGUCUUGAUGAAGAAUUUUUCUCAAACGAUGGUCAUGUUCAAAAUUAUCAACGAUUUUUGGUUCCUUUUUCAGUUUCAACCACAGAAGUACCCGAAUAUCUCGAAGAAUUAUGGAAUAUCCAACUUAUUUUGCAAAGCUACGAUUCAAAUAAUGAAGAGCAAACAAAUACUUUGUUAAACUUCAUAGAAAACAACGUUUACACAGGCGUACGCGAAUUUGAAACGAGUGUAUUCGUUCGUCCACGUCUUGUUAAAGAAUAUGUCCAACUUUAUUCCAAAUUUUCCAAAAAACUUAAAAUGUUUAUCAGGAAUUCAUCGACAUUACCAGUUUCUUUUGGUGUUUUCCUCACAUCAGAGCACAUUGGAAGUAAUUUAGAAGCAUCACAACUUACAUUUUCGACAUUUCAAAAUCCUUCGAUAAAUCGACUCAUUACGAACAUUGUUUAUUCACCAGAAUCCAAUGGAACCCUAGAAAAGAUUCCUCUCGAGAUGUACGAAGCAGCAAUUUCAGAUAAUGUCGAGUAUUUCGUAAAUAUUACAAGUGAUUCCGAUUUCAACAAGUUGUACAUGAUGGAUGGACGAUCAAUCAACAUUAUACAGUUCUUAGCAUUGUAUGGUGCCAUCAACUGCUUCAAAUUCAUUUUAUUAAAUCAUCCAAAAUUAAAUUCCAUUGCAGGCUUUGCUGUAGCAGGUGGAAACAUGGAGAUCAUACGUAUUUUGAUACAUAACAACAUCAAAUUCGACAACGUCACGUUCAUACCUCUUUAUUUCAGAAAUGAUGAAAUUUUUGAUUGGAUUGUUCAAAACGAUUUCACAGAAGAACAAGAAGAAAAGCGUACAGGAUAUCUAUACUUCACAGAAACCAUGACAAUUCAUGCAAUUUUAGGAAUUAUGGGUCGAAAUAAUUUAAUUAACUGUGUUGAUCUUUUAUCUGUUCUUUAUUUGGAUGGAUUAGUUGAUCCGGUCAGAGAAUUGUCCAAACAAUCAUGUUUCAGUAUCAAUUUAUUCUACGAAGUCCAAGAAGAAGAAAUUUUGAAUAAUUUGAUAAAUAACAUGUCACAAACGGUUUUUACAAAAAUUUUAAACGGCUGUUUAUCACUUGAAUUAGAAGAUCAUCUUAAAACGAUUGUUAAUCAUGAGAACUUUGUUGAUUUCAAGAUGGACCAGAGUAUUAUUGAUUCUAUCAAACGAAAAUUCCCAAAAAUUCAUGAUUUAAUUGUUGAAAGAUUGUUUGCUGAACAAACACCUGAUAAAUUAUAUAAAGCAUUUGUCAGAGGACUUCCUAUUAAUCCUGAACAUGUUUUGGAUGCAAUGUUCUAUUGUGCAAAGAUAUUCGAUUUCAAGACAUUGAUAAAAAUGGUUGAAAAAUAUUACAAACAAUUGGAUCAUAAUCAAAUGUCACUUUUAUUAGAAAAUUUUCCAUAUGUUUGGCUUGUUAUUUAUAAUGAAUUUUUGAGUAAUUAUAAUGAUAGCAAAGAUGAAUCUAUUGUUAAGUUGAUCAGAUACUUCUUUACAAAGGAUAUAGAGCCAACAAAUAAUGUUAUUGAUUUAACUGUUUUGAUUAACCAAAAUUUGCCAAUUUUACAAAAAUUGACAGUUUUUGACAUUGUCAAUUUAAUGAGAAUUCUUCCAUUGUUUGAUAAGGAAUUGAUGAAUUUAUUAUUAUCGAAAGAAUUAAUAACACAAGAGCAGAUCAAUGAUUUUUCAUCUCAGAAAAAUGUUGAUAUUCAUAAUAAAUUCGCAAAACGUUCGAAAUUCCAAAAUAUAAUUAGAAUUUCGAGCAAUACAAUUGAUAACAUGUUUUUCAAUCAGCCAGGAACUGAUCUGUUAUCAAAGAUGAUCAAAGCUGUUGCGGAAUCCAAAAAAUUCAAAGAAGAAUUUUUCAAAAAUCCGUCACUUUUGGUUGAUAUCAUUCCAAACAAUCCAUUUUUGAUUGAUUUGUAUAUUGAAUACGAUAACGAAAAUGAUCUUGAGAAACCUGUUUUCGACAAACUCUUAGUUUACUACAUGUAUUUAGUUGGUCAAACAAUUGAAGAAAGUCGUGAUUUUGGAUAUAAAGUUAGUUCACAACUUCCAACAAACAUGAUGUUGUUAUUUUUAAAGGUUUUGGCGAAAUCGAAAUAUCGAAAAUACUAUGAUCUCAAGGAAAUGCUUAAAUACACAAAUGCACCAUCAUUUAUUCAAUACUUAGAAUUCACUCAAGAAGAAAUUGAUUAUUUGAAGACAACUCCUGAAAUGAAAGAUAAAAUCUUCAAGAAUCCAAAGAAUGCGAAAUAUUUCACUGUUCCUGAGAUUUUGGAACGCGAAAAGAAUUUCAUUACAUUAAUUAAUGUUUUCUUAGUUUAUGAGAAUUUGAAUAAUGAAAGUGCUGCAUUGGUAUUAAAUGAAAUUAGUCAUUCAAGGUUGUCUUCUCCUUUCCAAAGAAAUCUUCUUAAUAGAGAGAUUUUCUUAAAGAAUAUUACAACGAGAAACUUAAUUAAUUUCGUCGCAACACAUAAUGAUCCUGAUUUUGAAACUAAUCUAUUAAAUAAGCCACAGCCUGAUGAUAUUUCUUACAAAGUUGUUGAUGAAUUUUUCUCAAGAGAUUUCUCAGAAAAUGAUUUGGUAAGUUUGAUUGUUAAUUUCCCUGAAUCGAAACAAUUCGUUGAAUAUGUUUUGUCAAAAUACAAAGAAAGAUUAUCUAAGGAUUCUUUGAUUCUUUUAGGUUGUAUUACAAAUGUUCAAUACGUUCCUAAAAAUCAUAAAAUCAAUGACGAUUAUUUUGUCAAAAUUUUCCAAAACUUUACAAACACAAAGAGAUGGUUGAAGAACUUGAAAGAUUACGAUAUUUCCGUUGAAGCACUUACGAAAGCUCUUCAUUUAGCCGCAAAUAGAAGUGACGAAGACAAUAUUUAUUGGCUUGUCAGAAAAGGCGCUUUAGUUAAUACAAUUGUAAAUGGAGAAAGUUUUAUUGAAAAAGUUCUGUUUGCUGAUGAUCCUGAAUUUUUGAAGUUCUUGAUAAGACAAGGUUGCGAUUUGGGAUAUGUCUUGAAAACACCUAUUUCUGUCAUCAUGGAAAAUGAAAUUCAUUCUCCAGUGAAAAGAGAAAUUUUCUUGAAUACGAAAAUGACUUUUGAAGCAAGAUAUACAAAUAAAUACAUUAUUGAAACUUUGGAUCAGGGUUAUAUAAGAACUGAUACAAUUUAUUUAACAAAUUAUAUCAGUAAUCUUUUCAAAAUGCCAUUAACUGAACAAAGAUUGAUUGAUGAAAUGAAAAAUGAAAAUUAUAACAUUGAAAAUAUUUCUAAUUUGAUGGAUCUCAUUUUCUCACAAGAAAUUAAUUUCCCAUUCGCUCUUUUCUUCUUGACGCAAAUCACAUCAAGAUUUAAUACUAUUUUGCAGCCUUUCUGUUUCGAGUUUUUGAAGCAAAAUCUAAAUAAUCCGGAAAUAGAAAAUUUGAUCGAUCAAAAAAUGGAAAAAGCUUCAAAACCUUACAAAAAUAUUUUCUUCGUUUUGUCAAGUAAAAGUGACAAAAUUGAGAAAUAUAACCGCAAUACAGAUAUAUUGUUUAUUGCUACGAAAAUUGGCAAUUUCGAUGUUAUCAAGAGUUUACUUGAAAAUGGUGCAGAUAUCAAUGAAUUGGAAGGUUUCUUUUACCUUCAUUCUCCAGCAUUAGAAGCUGUUUCUCACGACAGAAUUGAUUUGUUGAAACUCUUUUACGAAAAAGGUUUAGACUUGAACUCGAUUUAUUCAAGUGAUGAUUUGACUUUGAUUAAUUGCGCAAUUGAAUAUAAUGCACAAAAUUGUUUCGAUUUCUUGGUUGACAAGGUUGAAUUGAGACACAGAGUUGUACAAUCGCCAAUGUCUUGUGCAUUACAGCAUCUUAAUGUUAAUGAUCAUUACGCGGUUGUUCUUUAUGAAAAAAUCGACAAAACUGUUGAAAGAAUUGAAAGUGAUUCUUUCAAAUUAUUUGAAAAAUGUCUUGAAACUAAUGAACAAUUCCAAUAUAAUGGUCCGUUGAGAACAACUAAUUACCAAUCUAUUGGACAUUAUGGCCUUGUUCUUCGCAACAGCCAAAACUACAUCGAUCUUGCUAAUAAUUCUACUUUUGUACAGAAAUCUCUUGCUUUUAGAACUUUUCAUAACAGAGAAAAUAUUGGCUUGUUUAUCAAUUUUGAUCCUUUCCCUUAUAAAGAUGCUAAAGCAAAGCCGAUUCCUUACUACCCUGAUUAUGAUUAUGAUGAUUACGAUGAUUACGGUGGAGGGCCAGACUUUGACGAAGUAGAUGAAAUUGAUUUUGUAGAUGAUGAUGAAGUUUUAUAA